UCCACGGAUACUAAGGCCAUCUACCCAUAUAUAAAGGUAUCCCGUCCCUCGUUUAGUUUCAUUCCAAGUCUGUCUUAUUAUACAAUCAUAUUCUAAGAUACUACGGGCUUAAACAAGUUUAUCUGUUAUAAUACACUAAACAAUAUAUAUACAAUAUAUAUUAACAUUACAAACCACAAUGGGUCUAUCGGGUCACUGCCUCUGCGGCUCCGUAAAGUACACCGUCGAUGCGGACCCCCUCAUCGUCGGGUACGACCACUGCGACGACUGCCAAAGACAGACGGGCUCUACCUACUCACUCGUGGUAGUUGUCCCCAAGGACAAGCUAACCAUCAACGGCACAACCAAAAGCUACGCAAAGGCGGGCUCGUCCGGAAAGCCCGUGCACCGUAUCUUCUGCCCCGAGUGCGGGUCUCCUAUCGCGCACGACCCGGAGGCGGCACCCCCGAUCAUCGCUCUCAAGGGCGGCACUCUGAGCGAUGCUGAUAAGAAGGCAUUGAAACCCGACACCGAGAUCUGGACCGUCGGCAAGCUGCCCUUCUGCGCGGAACACCUUGCUAAGCCGUUCGAGCACAUGCCUGAGUAAAGGAUUGAUGAAGCUUUGAUGGGUCAUUCUGUGCCGUACGAAUCAAAAUAUAUAGGUAGUCAUGGAUGUAGAAAAUGAGACAUGAUAAUAUGAUCGAUUAAAAUGAACUUUCGAAAUUCCAUGCCUGUACCUAUUGGAGAACUAUAGCAAUGUCAGGUGUUUUUUCUUUUCUUUCCGCAUUGACUUAUUUCCCUACUUGAAG